AGGGGAUUAAUUAGUCAAUAUUUGUAGUGUGAUUAUGACAGCAUCUGACCUGUGGCAGCCCUCAGCUGUUCCCUGCAAGCCUGUGGACGCUGCCCAAGAUGUCCCCUUUUGAUUGCUGGAGACUGCCCAUGACCCUUCUCACUCUGCUCUGCUGCCCAGGGUCUGAGAAGGCAUUCAAGGUAUACACGUGGCCAGAGAAGCUGGCGGUUGAGACCAUGGGGUCCCAGGAAGUCAACUGCAGCACCAACUGUCCCCAGCCUAAAAUGGGUGGUCUGGAAACCAUGCUAACCAAGACUCUGCUGGACCAACAACCUCAGUGGAAGGUCUACUUGAUCUCAAACAUCUCUGAGGACACGGUCCUCUAUUGCCACUUCAACUGCUCUGGGGAGCAGAAGAUGAAGGGUCUCCCCGUCAGAGUGUACAAGCUUCCAAAGAAGGUCUCGCUGAAGCUUCAGCCCACCUGGGUGACUGUGGGCAAACCCUUCACCAUUGAGUGCAAGGUGCUCGACGUGGAGCCUCUUGAAAACCUCACCAUCUUCCUGUUCCGUGGCAAGGAGGCCCUGCACAACCAGACCUUUGGGAGGACAACACCUGCCCCACAAGAGGUCAUGGCCACACUCAACAGCACUGCUCACAGAGAUGACAGCCUCCACAACUUCUCUUGCCAGGCUCAGCUGGACCUGCGGUCUCACGGCGGGGACAUCUUUUACAGCAUCUCGGAGCCCCAGGUUCUCGAGGUCCAUGAGCCCAUGCAGGACAGCUGGAUGGGCAUUAUCAUCACAGUCGUGUCGGUACUGCUGUUCUUGUUUGUGACAUCCAUCCUGUUCUGCUUUGCCUUCGGCCAGCACUGGUACCAGAAGCGCACAGGCAACUAUGGGGUACGAGCUGCGUGGCGGAGGCUGCAGGCCUUCCGGCCACAGCCUGCAUGAGCAGCGUGACCACCACCAUAGUUGUUGCCUGAAUUCAGUGUGGCUCCAGAGUAGUGGGCCAGCCAUGGCAGAAGGACUGUGACAAGCAGCAGAGGAUUCUGGGGACAUUUCCUUUUCUAGCCUGAAUACAAACACCUGGACUUAACUCUAUGCCCUUCAUAUCUCCUGUGAUUACACUCAACAGGCAGGAAGGGGACCAGGUAUGGACUUCUCUCUCCAAAAGUCUCCCUCAGCCUCCUUCCCACCCUCCCUUUCACAGGGGCCUUCCAGAGCCUCUGCCAGCUCGUGCCCUGGGGAGCCCCUAGCUGACCAACCCAGGCACCAGACACCCACCCUCCCCAACCUUGAGUGACCCACUCCUACUGAAGGAGGGUGGGGGAAACACACCCUGGCCCUGCAGGGCAGAGACAGUCUGUUCCCUCCUGGCCCUACGGGACCU